AGUUUCGUGUCUCCCCUGAUGAUGGCUCGAUCUAUCAAGAUACGCAAUUACGCAUAAAUAUUGCUCGAUCUGUUACUUAUUAGCUUUUAUUAGUAUGCGGAGUCCCACGGAUGGGUUGAACGUCACGUGAAGACGACGAGUUCCGAGAGACAAACACAGCCUUUUCUUAGUCUCCCGGCCGUACAUUUCUAUUUCAAUUCUCUUUAUUCCUUUCCAAUCCCAGCCCUCUCCCUACAAUGCGCCUCUUCUCACUAGCCCUCGCUGGAAUGCAGUUUCUCGCCAUGACGGCUGCCCUUCCUAACAUCACAAGGACUGGAAAGUAUCUCUACGACGAGUCCGGCAAUAGGUUCUAUAUUAAGGGUGUAGCGUACCAACCGGAAGGAGAAUUAGCGGCUAGCUCAGAUGCCAACUCUGCCAACGGUGGCUUCCCCGAACCCUCAUCAUUCCACGAUCCACUCUCGUCUCCGCAAAACUGCACAAGAGAUUUGCCGUACCUUCAGCAACUCGGUGUCAAUGCGGUCAGAGUGUAUAGUGUCAAUUCUAGUCUGAAUCAUGACGACUGUAUGAAGAUGUUAAAUGAUGCUGGUAUCUACGUACUGCUGGAUGUUUCCUUACCACUCAACGGAAGUAUCGAUCGAUCGAGUCCCUCGUGGUCAACAAAUCUCCUCAAUGAGUACAUAGAAACUAUUGACGCUUUCAGAAGCUAUGGAAAUGUUCUCGGCUACAACAUUGGAAAUGAAGUAAUCAACCUCGUGUCCAAUACCAAUGCUGCUCCCUUUGUCAAAGCUGCUGCUCGUGACAUCAAAGCGUAUUUGAAGUCCGUCGGAUCGUCUGCCCUUGUUGGAUACGCCGCCGUCGAUGGCGAGUCGGAUUUCAGAAAUUCUCUGGCCGAAUAUUUGACUUGCGGAGGGGACAGCAUUGCGGUCGACCUUUAUGGUCUCAACAACUAUGAGUGGUGCGGUAAUCAGAACAUCAACUCGUCAAACUGGAAUACCAUCACCGAGGGGUUCAGUGAUUUGCCUGUUGCCACCUAUAUGUCCGAGUUUGGCUGUAUUACCAGUCCUCCUCGUCUUUGGACUGAAGUUGCGGCUCUAUUUGCUUCCCCCGUCUCAGAUGUCUUUAGCGGUGGUGUUGCCUUUUCCUAUUUUCCUACUUCCGAUGACUACGGCAUGGUCACCAUCUCUGACAACGACACUGUAACCGUAACGGACGACUUUACCCGUCUCGCUACCCAGUACAACUCCACUUCCCCACCCAAUUCCCCCGCGAAGUCAUCCGUCACUGCCAAUGAAACCAACUGCCCUGCUGAGUCUGACUCGCUCCUUGCCAGCUCUACCCUCCCGCCAACCCCGAAUGAGAGCGUCUGUAACUGCAUCAACGAAAACUCAUUAUCGUGCAAGGUGAAACAGUCAAGCGCCAACUCGCCCGAGAUUGUUGGCGCCCUUCUCGACUACGCUUGCUCUCUCCUUGGCUCUACCAACUCUUCCGCUUCAUGCGACCCUAUCGCCGGUAAUGGCACUUCUGGUACCUAUGGCCAAUUGUCUUUCUGCUCUCCGGCUAUCAAGCUCUCCUACGUCAUGUCGACUUACUACCAAAUCAAUCCAGAGGAUACCAGCUGUGACUUUGCUGGAAACGCAUCGUUGAGCACGAACCGACCAAACACUGCCCAAGACGCCAACGCCGCCGCAAGCAGUUGUCUCGCCGCCGAACCUAGUGGUGGCGUAUUCACACCCACCGCCCCGGGUAGUGGCGCAGCCACAGCCACUACUACCGGCACCGCUUCUGGAUCUACCUCUUCAAGUGCCUCCACUUCUGAUUCAUCCGCUUCUACCUCCGGGGACAUCAAGUCGAUCACUGUCGUCGGUGGUGUGUUGACGGCGGUUGUAGGUAUUGCGGGAGUCGUGGUUGGCGGAGGCGCAAUUUUGCUAUGAUGAUCAUCAACGCUUCCAUCUUGUAAUGCGCAUCUAUAAUGGACUUUUUUUUUAUGAGACGUGGUAUUUUCGGGUAACGUUUAAGCAAAUAAUAUCCUUUGAUGAUCAAAUCUUCGCAUGCAGUAUAUUGCCCCAUGUAUUGACUUGCAAUUGUGA